CUUGCCUCCAUGUUAUGUAACUUGACAGUGGAGUAGCAGAGUGGAGCAGCACCGAGACAACCGUGUUGGUGAAUAAAAACGGGAAAUGAACAACAACACAUGAUAGAAAUCUGGUCGUGGGAGGCUCGGACCGAAACACAUGGAGGAGUUGGAGAAGGAAUCACCCUUUGUUGAUACCUGCUGCCCAAAUUUUACUCCACUCUGGGAUAAGCGCCACACAGGAGGUAUGGAGGCCCACUCCAUGUCCGGUCAUGUUGGUCUAUCUGGAGAAGAUGUUGGAGACCCUGAUGGUUUUAGAAAACACCAGAAUCAUCACCAGGACAUCGGUGACGUCCUUCAGCAGGUCAUGGCCAUCACAGAUGAGAGCCUAGAGGAGGCUCAGGCCAGGAAACAUGCCUUAAAUUGCCACAGAAUGAAGACCGCCCUCUUCGAUGUUCUGUGUGAGAUCAAAGAAAAGUCAGCCCUCAGUAUUCAGGGCGUCCAAGAAAAGGACUCUCCAGAACCUCACCUAAUGCGACUGGACAACAUGCUGUUAGCAGAAGGGGUUGCUGGUCCAGAAAGGGGCGGAGCCUCUGCAGCAGUGGUCGCCGCAGCAGCCGGUGGAUCACCUGAAGAUGGGACCUUAGAACAUGCCGAGUACAGAGAGAAGCUCAGUCAGAUACGACAAAUUUACCACGCUGAGCUGGACAAAUAUGAACAGGCGUGCAAUGAAUUCACCAGCCAUGUGAUGAACCUGCUGAGGGAACAGUCCCGUACGCGUCCCAUCUCACCCAAAGAGAUCGAGCGAAUGGUGGGGAUCGUUCACCGAAAGUUCAGCUCCAUCCAGAUGCAGUUAAAGCAGAGCACAUGUGAAGCAGUCAUGAUCCUGCGUUCCAGGUUCCUGGAUGCCAGGCGACAACGAAGGAACUUCAGCAAGCAGGCAGUAGAGACUUUGAAUGAAUAUUUUUACUCCCAUCUGGCAAACCCAUACCCCAAUGAGGAGACUAAGGAGGAGCUGGCCAAGAAAUGCUGCAUCUCUGUUGCUCAGGUGGCCAACUGGUUUGGAAACAAGAGGAUUCGGUACAAGAAGAACAUUGCAAAGUACCAGGAGGAGGUGAACGUUUAUGCCAUGAAAGCAGCUGGAGAUGCUGUAAGUGUGUCUUCAGUGGCAAGCUCAGCCAACUCUCCAGCGACGCCAAACUCAGGAGGAUACCCAGCUUUAUGUUACACGCCUGAUGAAAGGCUUUGAGAAACCACUUGGAGGUGCUGUUCUUCCUCCUCACUGUCUGUGUGGAUGGAGGCUUGGGGUACAGUGUACAUGAACUCAAACUGUGGGUCGACUUCCAGCUGAGUCACAAAUGGACUCUACCGGAACUCCCAAAAAACUCUUUCUUUUUAUUUUGCCUUGUGGUGCCUUUCCACACAUCUACCAGGAGUUUCCUUUUUACCCCUUCACAUUUUAACAAAUCAAUUUUACAAUAAUUUCAUGUCUUCCCUCUGAAGGGGUUUGGGUCUGUAUGUGGUUUUACAGCAGUGGUGGAUUCAUUGUUUUGUAUUGUGACAUUGUAACACCCAAAAAGUACAAAAAACAUGCAUGUUUUACUUUUUUUUAGAUAUUGAAACAGAUAUUGUGAUGUUGUCUUUUUUUAGGAGAAAAGUACAGGUUAAACCUCACAUAACCAAAAACAAAUAAACACAUUUUUACUUGUUAAGCUUGUGCAUCCUGUGGUGUUGCUUCAGAAAGCAUCUGGGUUUCAGUUGGCUUCUAUUUCUGUGAUUUUAUUUUAUAUUUUAUUGUGUAAAUUUAAUAUUCUUUUAAGAGGUUAUCACAUUCCUUAUAUGCUUUUAACAAAACAGCCAAAGAGGCUUCAAACACAGCAGAAUAUAUUCAAUGGCCAUUUCUCAAUUCUGAGACCGCAAGUCCGUUCUCGCGUUCUCGCCAAGUCCGGUCAAGUCGUUCUCGCAAGACCGGACUUGGCGAGAACACGAGACUGCAUCGAAGUUAAAGUCCAAUGUGUUGAGCAAUAUUUGAACUGUUUAAUCAGUUCUGCACAUUCAUUGCCGAUCAUGUGUUUUCUUUUUGAGCGGCCUCUAGUGUUCAGCAGUGUCACUGCAUCUAAUUGGAUUUGGGAUAUUUUGAAACAGUGUUGUUCUUAUCAAACUGAAUUUGCCAAAGUAUGUCUUCCACAAACUCUAGGAUUCUCUGCCUUUCUUUGUAGGUACUCCUUUCCUUUUCUAGAUAGUCUUUAGUGCUGUCUUAGAACCAAAAGAACCUCAAGGAAACCUGUUUGCUUCUGGGGUUCCUCAAAGAACUUUGACAGCUCAGUUCAGAGAAGGUUACUGAAGGAAUAUGUAAUAACGCAAAAGGAGGAGUUUUUUUUGUAAAGUUAGCUGUAAGCCUAACUUGUACUUUACACUGUAUUUACACUUUUUUAAUUAUGUCAAUUAAUUAUAAAUAUACAUUAUCUUUGAAUUUCCCUCAGGAUUAAUAGUGUCUCUCUCUCUGUCUGUCUGUCUGUCUAUCAGGAUUUUUUUAGGUUCUAGUCUUUUGUUCUACAUUUGAUGGAGUUCGGUGAAGCCUUAUUUAUCUUUCUUAUCUUAUCCUUUGUUUAUCUUUCAAGUUGAAUUUUAGCUUCAAAUCUUUAAGGGCUGUGGCCAAAGCCGAGUCGAAAGAUAACUGUUUAUUGUGCGCAGCCAUCUUCUUGUCUAUCCGUGUUUCUAUGGUUGUUUCCGGUUGUUUCUGUCAGAAUCGUCACGCCUCUGUCGUCACUUCGUUACGCCCGCCUUCUGACUCUACACUUCAUGGUGAUUCGUCGGCCAGUUUUAGGAGCAUCCAACCUCCAGGCUUACCGAGGGUAACUAGACCGACCCUGGCAGAGAAUUUAAUUCGUUGCCGUGGGUUGUCUAGCGCGGCUAGGCUAGCAAAUACAUGCAGUAAGAGUCCAAGCUGGCCGGGAAGGCACAUACACCCAAACCACUCAGCUUACUAAUGCCAAGAAGUUGUUUUUUUUAAUUUACACUUACUACUUUUAUUAAUCAGAUGCAGUACAAGUAUAUCUUCAUAAUGAAAUAUUGUUUAUAUACACUAGUAUUUUUAGAUGAAAACAUGCCAGUGACUGUAAUGUCCCUCUGUUGUGUUGAUGUAAAGUAACUCAUAUUUAAUGACAUGAAAUUGCUACUGUAGUUAAAGCUGAGAGAUUUUAGUAAAACACAUGUGUUUAGUAAAACACAUUAAAGCAGUUACAAAGUCGGCUUACUAUCACUUAAAAAUAUCUCAAGAAUUAAAGGGCUGAUGUCUCAGCAGGACCUGGAAAAGCUAGUCCAUGCAUUUAUUUUCAGUCGGCUUGAUUACUGUAACAGCAUCUUUACAGGUCUACCUAAAAAAAACACUCAAACAACUGCAGCAGAUUCAAAACUCUGCUGCCCGAGUCCUCACUAAGACCAAGAAAAGAGAUCAUAUCACUCCAGUUUUAAAGUCCUUACACUGGCUUCCUGUCACUCAGAGGGUAGAUUUUAAAGUCCUGCUGCUGGUCUACAAAGCUUUAAAUGGUCUAGGACCAAAAUACAUCAGAGACCUCCUGACUCAGUAUGAACCACCCAGACCACUCAGGUCAUCUGGAUCAGAUCUUCUAGUUGUUCCUAGAGUAAAAACCAAACACGGAGAAGCUGCAUUCAGCUUCUAUGCCCCAUAUAUAUGGAACAAACUCCCGGAAAACUGUAGAUCAGCUGAAACUCUCAGCACAUUUAAAUCCAUUCUGAAGACGUACCUGUUCUCAGCUGCUUUUGAUUAAAGUAUUUUAAAUAAAUUUAAAUAUUGUUUUAUGACAGUUACUUUUAACAGUUAUUUUAACUCUAAUUUUAUGACAGUUAUUUUAAACAGCCCUUGUUUUCUGACUCUUGUUUUUGAUCUUUUUACUGUUCUGUUUUUUAAUAAUUGCCCCUGUUUUCUGACUUCUGUUUUUGAUCUCUUUACUGUUCUGACUUUUUUUUUGUUUUCUUUUGUUUUUCUUUCUUUUAAUAAUCAUCAUCCUCUGUUCUUAAUGUCCUUGUAAAGCACUUUGAAUCGCCUCGUUGAAAUGUGCUAUAUAAAUAAAUUUGCCUUGCCUUGCCUUGCCUAAAUCUUCA